AUGCUCCUCAAAGUUGAGGACGGGCAAGAUGGGAAUGACAAUGGCAAAGCUACACUAAAGAACAUGCACGUCCCCCACUUUCCCGAAAUGGCACUCUUCGAAACGGCGCUCGAUAUGCCAACUACUGAACAUGAGGGGAGGGUGAGGGUUACAUAUCACCCUCCUCCUCCGUCCUCGUCAACAGCGGACGGAGAAACAGAAUCCCGACCCCGCGAAGUUAAAUACCUAGAGAUCCCUCUCGAACCAAACGUGGACUCUCUGUCCCGCUUUACGGUGACGAUGCACCAGAGCCCCACGACGGGGUAUGAUAUGGGCCCCGUGUAUAACGACUGGUUCAGUGCUUGUUUCGGGUACCCAGUUGUCCUGGCUUACCUGGGUGUCAACACUCGCGGGGUACUGGGGACUCUUGCGCCGGCCAAAGCCAAGCUGAACGGCAAGAAGAAAGGAGGGCGGUGGCAUGAGGUUUUACUGCGCGGGUUAGAGUCCGUUGGUGGGGGUGGGCCGUUAUUGUUGGAGAAAUUGCUUGUUCCGAUUUGUGCUGUUGCGAUUUGCGCUUCUGGGGUGUUGUAUGCUGCUGGUCAAUUGGAUGGUAGUAUUGCUAAUGGCGUGAGUUCUGUGUCGAAGAUGGCUACUCUGGUUGGUAUUGUGGGACUGGCGCUGGUGUUGGUCGGUGGGUUUGUGAUUUAUAUGGGUGGGAAGGGGCUCUUCGUGGCUGGUUAUGAGGAUAGGAUUACUUUCGCUGACUGUGCGCCUUUCUUGGUUAUAUCUGAGACUUCGGUGGAUAAUGUCUCGGGGCGAUUGCCGGUAGGCGAGGAGAUGGAUCGAACUAAGUUCCGGCCGAAUAUUGUUAUAUCUGGGGCCGAGGCUGCGUUUGAAGAGGAUUUUUGGACGGAGUUGGUUGUUGGGUCGAAGCGGGCGAGGUUGUUGUUGACGGGGAACUGCGUUCGGUGCCAGAGUCUUAAUGUGGAUUAUCGGACUGGGCGGAUGGGGGCUGGUGAGUCGGGGACUGUGUUGAAGAAGUUGAUGAAAGAUCGUCGGGUGGAUCGUGGGGCGAGGUUUAGUCCUGUGUUUGGGCGGUAUUCGUUUUUGGAUCGUGGGUUUGAUGGGGAGGAGGUUAGGGUGGGUGAUGUGGUUGAGGUGGUGGCGCGGGGUGCGGAACGCUCGGUAUUAGGUGAGUCGUGUUUCUCUUGGAGUUUGGGUUCAAGUUCGAGUUAUUCGUGGAAUUGGAUGCAUGGUGGUUCAUGGCUGACAGUGUUUCUACUAGAUUGGCCCGGUCUCACUAACUAG